AUGACACCGCACGCUGCCGCGUCGGCGGUGGCCACUGUCGUCGUGGUACUGCUGGGAUACGGCACUACGGAAGUAUGUGGUUACAACUUCGUGACCAUCACCGCCCUCUUCUAUGUACCCGGUGCUACGGGCACGCGAUCGGAAGACGCGGGUAUGUGUCUGGAACGUGGCGGGUACCUCGCGACGGAGGCGACCGCGGUGCUGCACGAGGCCGAUGUUCAGGCGCUCGAGUCGGAGGGGUUCUCCACAUACUACGCCUUCCUCGGCGGUGGUAUUGUGCAGCCGUGGCGCAUGGAAAGCUACGAGAUGGGCUUCUGCCCGUUUUCCAUCAAGGAUCCCGACAUGUGGUGGGAUACCCCGUUCAGCCAGGCGAACGGCGACAACAACAACUGCUACUGGCGGUGGUCCGCGGGUCGCUGGGUCGAGAUGCCGUCCAUGUCAGGUCUGCCCCACGACGAGGAAAAGACCGGGAUCAUUUUCUACCGGGGUCAGAGCACCUUAGGCUACGAUCGGCAGGUCAACGGGUUCCCACUUUUCUUUCCAUUCACCCCGCCGAUGUACCACCCAAAUAUGCAGCUGGGCCACCACCUUGUUCUCUACCGCGGCGGCCUGCACACAACCAAGGCCGUGUGGGGGGACACCUACGCCCGCGGCGGCUUCACGUACGGGGACAACUUUGCGAAUAACCCACAGUUGGUGGAGGCGACACUGAAGGACUGGAAACUGGUGUGCCAGAGCCAAGGUCCCCUCCGCCUCAGCUACGAAAUGGCCAACACAUCCAGCCAGCUGCAGGAGCGAUGGUGGGCCAUAUUCUUCUCGAUUCUGUUCACCCUUUGCCUCAUCACCUUUCUCGCCCUGGUGUUCUGUCAGGAGCGCGAGGACAUGGACGAGCCUCCGGCGGAUGCGCCGGAGUGGGCAGAGAAGGAAACGGCACAGCGGAUCGUGUCGCGCCGCUACGUGAGUCAGCGCUCCUUCCGUGGCAACGAAAGUAGUGGUAGUGGCGACAGCCUCGGCGACGGCUCGAGCUGUAGCAAAGACGAGGACGGCGAGAAUGUGAGCCGCUAA